GCUCGCGCCAUAGAGAGACACACCAGCGGCGAGGAGCACUCACGUGGCGACGAGGAAAGAGGGGCAGAGACGCCAGAGGAGGAGGAGAGACGUCGGCCGGCUUCGGGACUCGCCUGCUACAGUCCUAACUCGACUUCAGCCCGCGACAGAUUAACGCGCGAGUGCGUGAUAAGCAGCACCCGACGGUCGGACCCCUAUACCCCUUGACUUACUUUUUAGAAGUAUCGGUAUUUUCAAAAAGUACCGUUUGCUCUUUUGUUUACCGGUUUCUGGUGAAAUCGAAGUUACAGAAGAAGGAAAAAAAAGUCCUCUCACCCGUUUGACACUGCGAGCUUUUCCUUCUUAAAAAAGGGGGUUGGCCAGUGUCGUACGCACGGGGGUUGGGGCGCUUGGCAGGAGGAUCCAGAGGAUACGUGCCGGGGGGAAUGUACUGACCAGUGCUGCGUCGAGUAUAUAGCUUGAUCGGUGAUCGGUUGACCAGCUGUCACUCGAGAAGGAGCCACAGCAGGGGGGCUUUGGAUAGAAAAAAAAAAAAACAUACAUAGCUCGCUCGCAACGACUCGUCUGUCCGGAGAUGGUACGAGGAGCGGAUCGCUGCUGAGGCCACAGUCUGAGAGUAAAACAACAUAAUCUUCAGAUUCAAAAUGAAGCCGUGCAAGCUCACCUGCCUGUUGGUACUAUCCUGCCUGGCCCUCGUGGACCCAGCCAGUGCUCUUUGCACUCUGAGCCACCUAACGUCCGCGCAAUGCCACGAGCUCGAGGACACGCGCUCCAUCGACACGCACCAGCUGCACGACCUCCGCGCCCCGACGUCCCUGAAAGUCCUGGCGCCCGACAAUUUUCGCAACCUGACGAACCUUCGACACCUGGAUCUAUCCGGGGGCAAAGUGGAAAACAUCACCAGCGGGACCUUCGCCAAGCUCGGCUCCUUGCAAACGUUGAAUCUCGCCGAGAAUCGCAUCAAGUACUUGGAACCCGGUGCCCUCGACGGGCUGAAGCAGCUCCAUAGCUUGAAACUCGACGACAACAACGUCACCCAGCUCCCGGUCGCACUCACGAGUUUGAAGAAACUGAGGUUUCUGGACCUGUCCAGCAACCCCAUGAACUGCGACUGCGCCAGCAUGAAACUCCGCGACGUCCUUCUCGCGAGAGGAGUGAGGAUAUCGAAGAAGACCCUAUGCGCCGAGCCGAUUUCCGCGAGGGACACCUCCAUCCUGAAACCCAAUUCCACCACCACUUGUGCCUUCGAGGGGCAAGAUCGGGAGAUGCAGGGAGACCAGCCGGCUGAGACUGAAGCGGCUAGCGACGCGAAAGGAGGCGAAGACGAGGCGCUCAACGAAACGGGAGAGCCCGCCAGUAAUGAUGACAAAAAAGGAGGCGAGCAACCCCCCGACAACGAGACCGAAAGGGUGACCGUGGUGGUCGAGACAAGUCAGCCUUCGAGGUCUACGGAAGAACCUUCUUUGCCCCCAUCUGCAACGACUCCCGCGGCUGAAGUUGUGGAGGAUGCUUCGCCCGUUGCCGUUUCGACGACAUCUGAAAGCGCCACGACGGAAAAAGCAGAUGUGCCGAAAGAUCCGCCACUGACGACGGAAAUACCUUUGGUAACAGCCGCGGUAGAGCUGGAGGAGCCAAAAGCUACGGAGGCUCCGGAAGGAACAACGGAACCGACUGAUCCAGAGGAAUCCAAAGAGACCGAGAGAGACGAAGCUCCCGUCGAGUCUUCCGCCACGGAAGCGUCGGAUAUCUUGGCGUCUUCCACGGAAUUGGAGAAGAUAAACCUCAUCGCGUCCGACGAGGGUUCCGGAGAUGCCGAAGACGACGGUUCUGGGUUCAUGGACUCGGGGAUGAUUGCACCCAACGUACCCGAACACAUCGACUUCAAUCAAACCCACGAGGCGUCGGGAGAGGAGGAGUCAGACAAGGUGAGCUCAUCGAGUGCACCAACUACGAGCACGUCAACGACCGAGAGCUUGAGUUGGUGGGGUGUCAUCAGCAGUAUCAAUCUCUUUGGUACCAAUGACGCGUCCACCCCUCCGUCAACUACCAAAAGCGCGGAAGACGAUUUGAAGGAGGAGCAGUUCAUCAAGGUAUUUCACAUUACUUCUACCGAGUCGGAGAGACCCGCCCAGGAGCCGACCGUGUCACCGAAAGUCUUGCUGCAAGACGAAGCUUUGCCGAAGAAGGUGUACUCAGCUUACGAGGGCGACACGAACGACGAUAUGGGAGCCAACGAUAGUAAUGUCGACGUGGAACGGAACUCCAAAGAAUGGAAGCACGGAAUGGGCUCGUACUUGGUGUUGUCCGCUCUGUUGAUAAUUCUCCUGGGUUUGAUAGUGACGGCCGCCUACAAGGGUGAUUUUUGUCGAAGGAAACAUAAACGCCGGGACGUGGAACGCGGAAAAGAGCUGAAGGACAUGAAAAAGACCCUGUUGGAUCAGAACGUGGCGCAGUCGAAAAUACAGGCGUCGAACGGAGUGAUUUUGGAGAACGUGCCACUGAUGAACAGUUCCACCCCACCGGAGGAGCCCAAGGACAAUCAGACGAGCUACGACAUUACACCGGCAAAUGGCGCAAAUGGCACGAGUCGGUCCAACGGAUAUGCCCCCGACAUAAACGAUCCGGUGAAACCACCGAGAAAGUCGUACCACCAGGGGAUCGAGGCACCCCUCAAUGGUCUAAAUCCUCCGAUGGAGGACAUAGACGGUCCGGAUAGUCCGUGCCUCCACAACGGCUCCCAGGAUGAUUUGGACAGCUACGAGGACAAGCCACCGCUGAGUCCUGGAGCUCAGAGGGUAAAGAUCACGAUGCAAGACAAUCCGGACAGUGUGGCGAAGACACCGAUAUUGAUAACGCGGUUGAACGAUGGUGAAAACCUAGUCAAAACGCCGUGAAGUAGGCGAGGCACUGGAUUUUUUUUUUUUUUUUCAUCCCAACGGGGACGGGAUGUUUUUAUGUUCAUUCCAGAUGACUAGUUUGGGUACAGCUUCGGCGAAUAAUACGAAACAUCAUCGGACAUAAUAUAUCAUUAUUUACAAUCAAUUGCAUGUGUAAUUAAGCUAAAAUCCCUCGAUGGGCAGAUACCAUUACACUUACGUGCCUAUACGCAGUUGAAGAUGGAAAUUAUUGUUCAGCAAUUAGACAACUCGUUUGCUUAUGUUAAAUCCUCGGAAUUACUCAAUUACGAUUUUCAGGACAUGCGUAAUUGUUGCCGUGGGUGAUAAUCUUGUCACUAUCGGUGAAUAGUCCAAUUACCGAAAAUUUUCAAUGAACAAAUCAAUCGUGGUGAUGUUUUUCCUAUUACUACUUCAUUGCUCGUUAUACGCAUCCAAGAAAAAGAAAGUGAAGAAUUCAUCAGACCGCAUGCUUAUCGCGGGAAUGGCCAAAUUUUACUACGAAAUCUGGUGGAUGCUUUGCUUUUGAUUUCUUUGUGCUGCACGCACUAAUUUGUUUUUCCGUUGAAGAAAAAAAAGAAAGAAAAAAGAAAUGAUAAUAUUUAUUUAGUCCCAUAGAAGCUGUGAUUUGACUGCCUUAAUUCACGAUCAAAGUGUAAAUCAUGCAAAGUGCAACGUGUGCCUAAGCUGUAGGAAAAAACAAAAAAGAAUUCCGAACACGAACGACAUUGUAUCAUCAAAGAUGAGCGGACGCUAGUCACUUCUUGUACGAUACUUGUAAUAAACCAAUGAUGAGAGACAAAGUGAUACAUGAAAUUACAUUCUGAUCAACGGACGAGAAUAAACUACUUGUACUUGGUAACAAUUUUCACUAGAAAAUCGAUAUUUGAUAUCCUAAGCGAAACAUUUGAGGAUGGACGUGUCGAUUGAUCAUGAAUUUUAAUAUAAAUGCGAGUGUAUCAUAUGAAUAAAUUUAUUUAUUUAUUUCUAGCGAUUCUCGCAUUUUCGUUGUUAUAAGAUUAUUUUUUUAAGUAUAACAUAAUUGUUUAUUUGUACAAGACAUGUGUACACCUACGUUUUAUAUUAUAAAUAUAUAUAUGCAUUAAAAUGUUAUAUUACAGUAAUUUUAUAAAAUCAAGUUACAUUUGAAUGAAAACAGUGUAAAAACGUUCAUUCCAUUAUUGUAGGAAAAUUUUUAUCCUGUGAUUAUUAUUAAAAAGUGUAUAGUCUGAGCAAAUACGCAUUACCAUGUACACAUCAAACACAUACUUUUAAUGAAAAAGUUUUCCUUCAAAUGCAACAAAUAAGCUCAAAAUAAACUAUUAGUAAUAAAAAUCAUGCUUUGUUUGGAUCCUUGUGGAAAAAGCAAUUUUAUGUAAUUUUUCUAGAUAUCCAGCUUAAUAAGGUAUCAAACUUCCUAUAUGUAUGAUAAUAAUAAUUUAGGUGCCCGAGAGUUACAUAUAAUUUAACGAAACUGUCGAAAAUCACGUACUAUGUCUGUUUACAGUACGAAUCGAUAGUUCCUUCAUUUUUGUAGAUACGAUAUAUUUUUAUGUUAAUUUUUUAAUCAUCUACAAUAAAAGACGUAUUGAUAUUUACACGCAAACACCGAUAUGCGUUAGUAUAUUUUGUAUAUUCAUACUGACAAUUUUUUUUUUUCACCAAGUAAUAUUCAUACUCGAAUCAUUUAAAAAUUACUACAGCGCUUGGUGGAGCAAACAAGUACACGUGUUAUCAUCCCAUUUCAACCUAUUUCAAGUUGGCUGAUCUUAUCAGUUUGGCAUGUCUACAGCGGAUAAGGUGGAUUACGCGUACCUCAUGUUGCAAGUCAAACCGAAAUGUAUAUUUACGCGAGGUACAAAUGAAUCUGUUUGUUUAAAAAUGUAUGGUUGCCGUCACGUGUGUUGUAACCGCUGCGACAUGACCAAGAAAAUUUUUUUGUAUUCAAAUAAAAAAUUAUGCAGCUGUGAACGUCGAAUGUCGAAGGAGAUUAAAAAUAUUUUUCACUCUUUGUGUACUACAUCUACCCAUCAACAAAAAUCAUCGACAAGAGUAAGCAAAGGCUUUAUUGUUUUGUUUGGAAACACGUUCAUUUUUAUAACCGUAUGAUUUUUAUCAAUAAGAGUUUUAUUAAAUAAAUCAAAACGAGUCGUUAUUAUAAA